GUAGAGAGGCGCUCAUCCACCAUCGUAUUUAGCUCGAUCACUAGCUCAUUACAUGAUCAAAACAGCCUCUCUUGCGAUUUAUAAUUACAUUUCUAUUCAAACCAGGCAGUGGACUCCUCCAAAAAGCAGAAAGCAGCUCUUAUUGUCCGCUUAACAGCCGCCGAUUGACGUUGAACUUGCCUCUGUAAACCCAUUCUCUCCAACUUGGUCGCCAUGGCAACUGAGGAGAAGAAACCAGACACGGAGGCUACUAAAACACAGCCGGCAUCAGCUGCCUCUGCCAGCCAGAGUAAGUCAGCACCUGUCAAGCCAAACUACACCUUGAAGUUCACAUUGGCUGGGCAUACAAAAGCAGUUUCUUCAGUUAAAUUCAGUCCAAGUGGGGAGUGGCUCGCCAGCUCGUCUGCUGAUAAGCUGAUCAAAAUAUGGGGUGCAUAUGAUGGCAAGUUUGAGAAGACGAUAUCUGGACACAAACUUGGCAUCUCAGAUGUAGCCUGGUCUUCAGACUCCAACCUCCUGGUCUCAGCUUCUGAUGACAAGACUUUGAAGAUCUGGGAUGUGAGCUCUGGGAAGUGUUUAAAGACGCUGAAGGGACACAGCAAUUAUGUGUUCUGCUGUAACUUCAACCCCCAGUCCAACCUCAUCGUCUCUGGAUCUUUUGACGAGAGUGUGAGGAUUUGGGAUGUUAAAACGGGGAAAUGUCUGAAGACACUUCCAGCACACUCAGACCCUGUCUCUGCGGUUCAUUUCAACAGAGAUGGCUCAUUGAUUGUGUCCAGCAGUUAUGAUGGACUUUGUCGUAUCUGGGACACAGCAUCAGGCCAGUGCCUUAAAACACUUAUUGAUGACGACAACCCACCAGUGUCAUUUGUGAAGUUCUCCCCCAAUGGCAAGUACAUCCUGGCUGCCACUCUGGACAAUACUUUGAAGCUUUGGGACUACAGCAAAGGAAAGUGCCUGAAAACUUACACCGGUCAUAAAAACGAGAAGUACUGCAUAUUUGCUAAUUUCUCUGUUACUGGUGGAAAGUGGAUUGUCUCCGGCUCAGAAGAUAACAUGGUCUAUAUCUGGAACCUUCAGACCAAGGAGAUUGUACAGAAACUACAGGGCCACACAGAUGUGGUGAUCUCAACCGCUUGUCACCCCACAGAAAACAUCAUUGCAUCAGCAGCACUAGAAAACGACAAAACCAUCAAACUUUGGAAAAGCGACUGCUAAGCCUGAAGCGUAAUUUACUUUAAUAUUUUGUUCUUUUUUUAAUUUUGUACUAUUCAUUUGGUGGGGGGGGGGGGGAGGAAAGACUCGUUUUUCAUUUGAGAAGUCAUGCUAGGCAAGAAGACUGAUGAAAGCGCCCUUCCCCAACACACCCUGUCCUAACACGGUGCCCUCUCCGUGCACUAAAACUAUCACUUUCUCUCUGCCUUGCCGCCAGCUUUUUCACCAGUUUAAGCGUCCAGCAAAACAUUAAACCAGUCUGUAAAUUUAGGCAGCUUUGUUUUAAUCUCCACAAACCUAUUAGGACAAAAAGUGUGUUCGUGUCUUUUUAUUUCUGUAAGUUUUGUAGAAAGACACUUGUGUCUCUAUCAGUUGUUUGCACACUUUCUGAAGCCAGCAGAACGCCUUGGGCACAUUUUAAGUGGCCAUUUUAACAGAAAUGUUUGAAGUAUUACAUUUCAAUGCCUGCAUUUCUAGGAGCGAUUUGCAGCUUCACUCCAUUAUUUGGCUGAAAACAUGUCUCACAAACUGCUGUGAACGCCUCAAAGACUUACCUUGACGUGUACUGAUGUCAAAUCAAACCUCCCGUGUAUGAAAUGUUAUCUAAAUGUUUUGAACAUUCACUAUUUCAUGUUCAUUUCUGUACAGCGCACAAUUGCAGAUGACAAAGCAGCAAUUAAAACCAUUCAUUUGUGUAAUAGUUGCUAAGCUAGUUGUUUAUGGUUUUCAGUGGCUUUCAGUGGCUCAAUGUGGUCUAGGCAGUGCUAACAAUAAAACUACUCUUUCGUUAUGAAGGCUUUACGCAGAUACACACAUAAUGUAUGCCAAAAGUACACUUAAUUGCUACACUUGUAUCAACCUGUAACACCUGUUUAUAUAAGUUUUGGUGCUUUUGAAAAAUAAAACUGUACAAUACAUCGGGAUGGAGUAGCAGUUCGGUCAGAGCGUUCAGUGAAAAUAUUGGUUUAAUGGAAGAAAAAAAAUAUUACUGAACAAUAUGAUAAAGGAAAUAUCCAGUUUUAAUUAACUUAUGCAAGGAGGAGUGUUGCUGAGAACUGAAUAUGCCAUAAUCCUAUAUCUUGUGACCAAAAGCAGUCUCGAUGUAUUUAGAGCCUUGAGAUGUUUUCUGUACCUGACACACUUUGUACAUACUUGCAGCUUCUCUGUUCAGUACGUUUACCUCUGUUCUGUGGUCUUAUUAACCGUCUCAAGUAGCUGAUAGUCCUUCGAGCGUGUUUUGUUUUUACUGCUUGAUGUGGAUGAUGGUUUGGCAUAAACCCAUCUUCUGCAUUUGGACUCUGGUCUUUUGUUUUUGGUUGGAUUUCCAGUGCACUGCAGUGAUGACAAGGGCCGCAUGAGGAAUUGUAUCUGUAUUGCAUUUAGUCACUUUGGACAUGACCUGUGACUCAAUAAAGAUUUUUUUACCUGU